GAGCAGCUGCACGGCAUUCGCAUCGGCUACACGGCCCAGGCCGGGGCUGACGACAGGACUCGCCACCGCAUGAUCGGGAACGGCUGGCAUUGGGGUGUGGCCGGCCGCAUCCUGGGCUUCGUCGUCCUGGCCGCCUGGGCGGCCUCACUGGCGGAGGCCGGCCGGCUGCCUGCCACGCCCAAGACCUCGACAUUGCAGUGGUUGACCCAGGCCUGGGCGGGCCGUUUCUGGGACUUCGCCCCGGCAUGGAGCAGCACUGGGCCUCGGCACCUCUCAUGCAGCACUCCCUCGCCAGACGCCCGGCGUUGGAGCCCGCCCUUUCGGCGGUCAUUGACCUCCGACGGCGGUGGCGACAUGACCUUUGCCGCAUUUGUUGGGAGGUCAUCGCGGAGCUCCUCGUUUUGGUGGAGGCCCUUCCAGGGGCCCACCUUCCUGGGCCUGCUCCGCGACCUCGGCUACCCCGCCACCGCGGACCUUGAGGAGGACUUGCGCCUGGGCUUCGAAUAUGCUGGGCCCCGAGAACCGACCUACGUCGCGGCCAAAUGUUCCAGGGGGCGCGCCGGCGUCCACACGGCAGCCCUCUUGGAGGAGCUGGUGCAGGAGGCCCGCCUUGGCCGGGUCACCGGCCCUUGCGCCGCUCCCGACCACUGGUCC